CAUUUUGCUACAACAUCUGGCAUCUCUGCAUAAUUUAAUCGCUAAAAAACUCUUAAGUGUUAGAAGUGCCGUUGGUCUGAUUGUUAACAUUAUUCAAAUUUAAAGAUAUAUUUAACGUGUUUGUAGCCGUCAAAGUUUUCUUUCAAUGAAAGAUUUAGUGUUUUUAUAACCCAAACAGUUGGAGUCUAUAAUGGAGCCCAGAAAAAUACCUUCCAACAUUGUUAAAGAAUUGUUUAAUGAAAACGAUUUUAUGAAUGAACAAUUAUCGGCACCAAACAAAACAAGUUCUGCAGCUAUAACGACAUCAAAUAGUUUUCCAUUAAACGAGUCUUCUAAAGGAAUUAUAGAUACAAAUCGUUCCAAUCAGAAUUUUUCGCUUGCUUGUCAUGAAUCUCAAAAUGAAGCCGAAAUUGAUUUAAAAACACAUGCAAGUUCUUCGACAAGUCUGAAUUAUUAUAUGACAGAUUCUAAUACGGGAAAACCAGAUAAUUACUCCAAUCGCUCGAGACGCGUUCGAUUUGAAGAUAAACGGGAAAGCAUUAUAGAAUAUCUGAUAACUUGCGAGGCUUCCCAACUACUUGAUGAUUUGGAUCAGAAAGGCAGCGUGGAGAUUGACCGACAAACUGAUUCCGAUCUACCGAUUAGAUUAAUGUUGUCUUUAUCAGAUGAGUGCCUCGUCGCUAGAAAUCACGAAGCGCUUGCUGAUCCAGUCAUAACUAUGAUUGACGAGGUGCAAAUUGCAAAAACUGACCUUAGCCAGGCUACUGACCGGCUGGAGAGUACCAGCGAACACAUAACAAACAGAACAAAUACCUCUAAAUGUGAACAUCAAUCCAAUCAGUUGCCAUCAGCAGCAUCCGAGGAACCAACUUUUGAUUUAACAUUCUCUGAAUGCAACAUAAAUAGCUUUCUACCCCAAACCCCAGCUGUACUGCAAUUCAGAAAUGUUGAAAAAAGCCUCGAUAUAGCAGCGAGCACUACUGAAGACAAGAAUAUCAACAAAAAUGUGAAAAUUCCAAAAAACGAGAACUCGUUAGAUCAACUGCCCUUUGUGAAAACUGACCUUACUGAAAUGAACAGUGGAGAAGACACUCUGGACCGUCUGGCAGCUUUACCGGAAAACGGGAACAUGCAUAUGCUACAAUUUGUGAAAACUUUGGAACAUUUGAUGAUAAAUUCUAACGCUGCAAUUUCAGCGCAAAACGAUCAAACGCAGUUAAAAACAAUAGUGGAACAUUCUUUUGAAUCAAAUUUGCGCCAACGUACUGAAUCGUCACCUGCUAUCGUUACUUCUGCUAAAUUUGGUGGAAAGGAUCAUUCGCUGUCUAAAACACCAGUUGUCGUUUCACAGUUUAAUGUACCAGCUAGUACCGGUCAAAGAAAGAAUACCAAGGCUAUGCCAUGCCUUGUUCGAACGCCAAUCAAUCCUUCAGCAAAAAAGAAGAAGGUUCGCUUCAAUUCAAAAACGCAAAUUUUUCACGCUGGACGUGGAAAAUCGAGAGAACCGAUUGUAAAAGAUCAUCGUUAUCCUCAGUCGUCUCAAAUGCGUGUUCUCUAUCGCACAAAACGACCAACGAUUUCCAAAGUUACUUCGGAAUCAAUCAGUGCCUGCAGUAGCGGAGACGCUUACGAUUUUACCUUUAUUAGUGACGAUGGCGACAGCACUUUUGAGAAACUUUUUCAUCAUGAAAGUGUCGCCGCUGCCUCGUCGCCUCAUCCAAUUGGUUGUAAAAAGCGGAAGACGGUUGGAAUUCAAACAGACCAACGUGUUUCUCAACCAUAUACAAAUCAAGAGCAACAAACGGACAACAGUUUGGACAAUGAUAUACGAAAAAUUUUACAACAAACUAUGAGUGAUUUUCAGAAGGAAAGCUCGGUUAAAACCAAAUCAAAAAAGCAAAAAUCAAAACAAACAAAAUUAUUCGAGUUGACUGAGUUGAAGGAAGUUGUACGAAUGACAAUAAGGGAGGAGCUUCGGAAGGCAUUUCCUAGGCGACGAACUCAUCAGACUCCGACUGCAAAACCUCGUCGUAUAAUAGUAAAAAAAGUUGUCACAAUAAAACCAAAACCAAUGGUAGAUGUUAGUGUACAGGUAAUGCCUCGUACGAACGAUAUUGGACUAAACACUCCCAAAAGGUUUCCUUCCACGGUGAAAGCUGAUCAAAAACGGACAACUUUGCCUGUAAAAGCGACGAUUAAUGAAAAGAAAACAAAAGAAACAUCAGUUAGAAAAACAAAAAGUAAACCCCGGAAAGCAUCCAACGAACGAGCAGUCACGGGUUGCCAGACUGCCAAGGUCGUCGAAAGCAACAAACAAAUAUUAACCACCAACCGGAAGAACCAGACUGCAGGUUCGAGUGGUGUGCGCAAAAAUCAGCGAACCUUGUCACAGUGUUUGAAAAAUUGUCAGCCGACAAAUGAAGAGCAACCUAUCGAACUAUUGGAAAUACCGGAGACCCCUAGUCAGCCUGAUGAUCGUAGGGAAACGUCCAAUUCUAAUACAUUGAUUGAUGAAAACCAACGAAAACACGAAAAACGGAGGAGCUCACUGUUUUUCCCAUUACAGAAUGUUUCAGAUCUUACACAUUCAAGAAGAUGUUUUCGGAUUCCGUCAUUACAUGUUAGCAUAGCUGCUUCGAACAAGUCGCAGGAUUCUCCUUUGUCAAUAUCGUACCACAUUGCCGAAACGGACGCUCUCGCUAACCAAGAUGUUGAGCAGCUGAAUGUACUAUAUAAUUUAAUGGACGAAAUGCGUUUAAGCUCUCAGUACGAUACUUACUCGCAGCACAUCGUACCAGAGAGCGAACAUGUUUCGGGAGGAAAAUAUCGCCGUCGCCGAUCAUUAAAAGCUCGUCGUAACUCGCUGCAUCCUUACUUAAAUGAUCUCGGUUCAAUAAUUGACCAACAACGUUGCCAACCUUUUCAAUCUAGUGACAGUGGUAUUGAAGAUGAAUAUUUUUGUCCAGAACCUAUUCCUAUUGGGCCUAUCAAUGAUCCAGAACUUAAUCCUAAUGAUAUUCUAGAAAAUAUCGGGAAAAAUUUUAUUAUUAAUUACCUUAAUCGUAAAUUACCAAAUAUUUACGAACAUGUACGCCCACUUGAUUCUGAUGAUCUAGAUUAUUAUUUGAUUAACGGACAGUACGAUCAAAUAACUUUAAAAUCAACAACUAACGUUGAUUCAGGAAUGAAAAAUAAGAGUAAACAACAUCGAGCUCCAUUUUGUAGCAGUGUAAAGAGCUCGCAAGAACUGUACAAGUUCUCACCAGGGAUUUCGUCUAUCUCUUCUCAUGACGAGGAUGAUGACAUCCUAACAGACUAAAUAACAUUUAUCUAAUCUGUGAAAAAAAG